AUGGCUAGAAAUUUUGAUGAUAUAUUUAAUGAGGCUUUGUAUGGUAAAAGAAGACGGCAAGAUAACACACUCAUAGAUAAUUGGAUCGAUGAGUAUUUACUUGAAGAUUCAGAAGAAGAAGAUAUCGAUAGAAGCUCUAUCCCAAUUACUCGUAGAUGGAUCAACAGAGAUCGAGAAGCAGGAGAUGAUCGCCUUUUCAGAGAUUACUUUGUAGAUGAACCGGUGUUUAAUGCUAACAUUUUCCGAUGGAGAUUUCGAAUGAGAAGACAUGUGUUCCUUCGGAUAGUAGACGCUCUCUCAAACGUCUAUCCAUAUUUCCAACAGAGGGUUGAUGCAACUGGAAGAAGAGGCUUGUCGCCACUCCAGAAAUGUACCGCUGCGAUACGGAUGUUAGCAUAUGGCGUAGCAGCUGAUGCUGUUGAUGAUUAUGUGUGCAUAGGCGAGAGCACUACAAUUGAAUGCUUGGAAAAAUUUGUUGAAGGUGUCAUUUCGGGGUUCGAGGAUGAAUACUUGCGAAAAUCCAAUCCAAAUGACAUACAAUGCCUACUACAAAUGGUGGAGGGUCGUGGCUUCCCUGACAUGUUGGGUAGCAUUGACUGCAUGCAUUGGCAAUGGAAAAAUUGUCCAAAGGCGUGGAAAGGUAUGUACAUGAGUGGUUAUCGUGGGGUUGCAACCAUAGUACUUGAGGUUGUAGCAUCUUCAGAUCUUUGGAUAUGGCAUGCGUUCUUUGGAGUUUGUGGUUCAAAUAACGAUAUCAACGUGUUAGAUUGUUCUCCAAUGUUUGAUGAUAUUUUAAAUGACCGUGCUCUAGAGCCACAAGGGGAGAAACGCAAGUUAUUUGCACAAUACCAAGAAGGGCAAAGAAAAGAUGUGGAACGAGCAUUCGGAGUGUUGCAAGCACGCUUUGCAAUUAUACGUGGUCCGGCUCGUUUUUGGGAAAAGAAGAAGCUUGCCAACAUAAUGAGAGCUUGUAUUAUAUUGCAUAAUAUGAUUGUUGAGGAUGAAAUAGACACUUAUGCAGGAAAUUUUGCUCAAGGCUUAGAGUAUGAUGAUGUUGAAAAUGGCUUAUCACAACCUCAGAUGGGAGAAGAAGAUUUUGCACCAUACCAUCAAUUUCUCCAAAGAAAUGUCCAACUUCGAAAUAGGCAGCAGCAUAAACAAUUGAAAGAGGACUUGAUCGAACACAUAUGGCAAUUUCACAAUGCUUGUCGUCAACUAUAG